CGGCGGCGCGAGGCGCUUGUUCCCAGCAGCGAGUCGCGAGCGCCCGCUGGGUCCCGGACACUAGGAGAAGCCCGGACCUAACUGGGGUCCAGUCAGCCUUCGCCCCGCGUGGUUGCCCAGCCGCAGCCGGACGGCGAGAGGGAAUCGAAGCUGACCCCGGCUCUCGCCCGGCGGGGAGGGUGCGCCUGGGCGGUGUGUGAACAGGGGAAGGACGGUGGAGAUUCGCUGAACUCACGGGCAGCGCUGACUGUCCGAAGGCUGCGGGAUGCGAGAGGAGGACAAGGGCGUACUCGGUGGCGGCAGCUGUGAUGCGGGACUGGCGGGCGCCGCGGCGCGGGGACAGGUGGAGAAGGUGCGGCAGCUCCUGGAAGCCGGCGCCGACCCCAACCGAGUCAACUGCUACGGGAGGCGCCCGAUCCAGGUAAUGAUGAUGGGCAACACCCGUGUGGCAGAGCUGCUGCUGCUCCACGGCGCGGAGGCCAACUGCGCGGACCCUGCCACGCUCACCCGACCCGUGCACGACGCGGCCCGGGAGGGCUUCCUGGACACGCUGGUGACCCUGCACCGGGCCGGGGCCCGGCUGGACGUGCGCGAUGCGUGGGGCCGCCUGCCCGUGGACCUGGCUGAGGAGCGGGGCCACCGGGAUGUGGCUCUGUACCUGCGCGCGGCCGCGGGGGAUUGAUGACAAGAGCCCCCCGCCCCCCCCCCCGCCGCCCCACGGGGACUCUUUUUCUUCCCCAGAACCCCCGUUUCCCUCAGACCCAGUUCAAAGAAGGCUGCCCGAACGCUAAUGCGCUAAGCUGCCCUGAGCUUUGCCAGCCUCCCCAGCAACUCAACCUCCCAGAGCAAGGCGGAGCCGAGCCCGCAUAGGUCCCUACACGCUUAGGGAGAAGCCUGGGAGGCAGAAAGAAAGGUGGGGCAGAACUGGAUCUCGAGAUUUCGGGUUGUGUGGUGUUCCGGUGUCCUGCACGUCUCUGAACUUUGUGAGGCAUGGAAAGCACGAGUGACGGCCCCGACACUCUCAGAGCUGAUGCUGCGGUGCGUGUUGGGGAUGCAGGGGUUAAGACUGGGGUGCUGACAGUGGGCAACUUCGUCCCCAAGAACUCCGGAUGAAGGUGGCAAUCCCUGGAUGCUGGAGGGAAAACUCGCACCAGACCAGACUUGGGGGAGGGAGAGUGAGGUGGGCACGGUGAGGUCUGCCAACUAGGCAGUACAGGACAGUUUAUUGCAAAAUCACACUCCGGAAGCCCAGAGGACUCCUGCUCAGCUCCCACAGUUAGCAGAGAGAGUGGAGAAGACAUGGGGCCCACAGCAAAUCUGCCUUGGUGCCCUCUCAAUGGGUGCUGGCUGUCUCUCAGUUAAGUCUUGAUUGAAUUGCAGCCAAAGAGGGCACUGUGCAAACAAGGUUGGAGCAGUCAUUCCAAGGAUGUGCUUCAUCUGUAUGAGAUAGAACACACAUCCCCCUAUGAAUUGCCGUUUGAGAAGAUUUUAGUGAUAGUUUGCACUUUUGAAUUGUUCUUUUCUGACAAUAUAUUGGACGCGGAGAGGAGACUAACUCGUCGUCCUUGGUAAAGAGGUCAAGCAGAAAGAUUUUGCUGUUGUUUUAAACAAAGGAAAACAAGGCCUCCCUAUGUAGUCUAGCCUCACUCCCUCCACCUUCCUGCCUCAGCCUUCCAGGCAUGCAUCACUAUGUUCAGAUCAACUACAGAUCUUUAAUAGGACUACGGCAUGUGGCAAACCAAUACCAUUUUUCUUCCAUCCAAUAACUAGAGCAGUUUCAUACUAAACCCAUUUAUUUCCUGGUUAAUUUUUUCUCACUGUUAGCUUUAUAGAGUAUUUCAGGGGAAAUAUCCCAAAUGCUGAGAAAAUGGGUGUAUUUAUCCAGUAAAUUAUGUUGGAUCUAUUUCCCAAACGAUGCUAAAAAGGCAAAAUGAGUAUAAAACCAUUAAAAA